UCGAAGAAGGGUUGUACUAUUUAUCUAGUAGAUUAAGUCAAAAGAAAAAACAAUGUCGUAUUUAUCACGUCUUUUCCAGGAGCACUACAUGGUUCAUGUCUAUUUAAUACUUGAAAACUUACCUUUCCCUUUGUAGUACCGCUGUGUACCCUACAUUGCCGGCUCACACAUGUGAGAGACAAAACGUGCUGCUCAGUUUGCUUUUGAACGCAAAGWGAAGAUAAUUUGUGCAAAUGACAUGAAGAAACCUACUAAGAUUUAUUUGCAGAAGCUCGCCAUUGAUGCCAACGUUAUCGCCAAACUUGAAGCAUUGCAGCAAGAGACAAGUACAACAGUCAGUCUGCUGCURGAAUGUGUGCUUGCUGAAAACAGUCUGAAACAGGCAUCUAUAUUGAAAAAGGUCAGUCCUGUCAUAAGUGAAUUAGAUGACACAUCAUUCUCAACAUGCAUCCAURUUCUUGCACAUGUAUUUGUUGUUUUUGACUACAAAAAUCCAGCCAGGAGAGCUUUAUCAAGUUUGUUUGACAAUCUUCCUGGCUCACGUUACGAUGUGUCAUUAGAUAAUCUUGCUUCAGUGGUCUUGGACAAGCUUGAUGAGGUACAAAAGAACAUUGGCUUGACAGAAUGGGAUCCAAGGCCUGCCAUUGACAUGGUCUUGUCAUUGAUGGAGAAUUUCACACUUGGUAGCCAUGUUAUCACUAGAUCAGGAUUACAUGUGUUAGGAUGUAUGUCUACAUAUCUGAGGCAAAUGGUUCAAAAUGCAAGGCUUUCCGCYGAUCCUAUGAAUCAAACAGUUUUGAUGAACAACUGCCAAGCAGCAAUAAAGAGCAUAAUUGCAGUGGUUCAAAAAGUCUCUAAACAGCUCCAGGUCACCCCCUCUUUGGUUUGUUUAUUUGAAACCAUAGCAACUGACCUUGUAGUGAUCCUGAGCAAUGAUUUUUUACCAGACUGCCAAACAGCGAGUGGUAUGGCACUUAUCUGUCUUAUUAUCUGUUUGYUUACCAAUCAAGAUCACUAUAAUCAGCUGAUCCUAGAAACUUUUUUUCCACACUAUACUAGUAAUCAAARCACUGAACACCAAGUGCAAACUGAGAAUCAAGGAUGGAUAUCAAGGGUUCUCAUGGAACAGAAAUGGCAAGCUCCCCUUAGUUUUGCUCACCUGUGUUUAUGUCAUGGUGUCCUCACAAUGRCACCACUUGAAGAACUGGUUAAACCACUAGACUAUCCCAAGUUAGGAAAAAGCCAAACACUUUUGUUUGAUGUUAUAUUGAGUGAUCUCUGUCUUCUGUGCAAAAGCCUCAAAGAACCUUUUUCAUGUGUAACUUCAUACAAAGUUCUUACACUAUGGGCCAAACAAGUGAGAAAUUCUCUACAUGGUGUUGUAUCACCAGUAUUGUUGACACAAGUCCAUGGUUCUGCASCCAUUCCACAGAAACUGCUGUCAAUUGUAUGGAAUAACUGGGAGCAUCCUAUUGAAACAGUCCGUUACCAGGUUAAAGCCAUCUUUGACCAUGUUGUGAACAUGCAUGUAAUUUCAUCAGGUCAAGAUCCAUCCAAUGACAACUUUCUCAAGGAUAUCUCUGGGAAACUAUUACAAAUGGGCUUGCACACCCGGGGGAUAUAUGGACCUCUUUGCUGUCUGACAACAGUUACUGGGGCAAAGUGCUUACUUGAUUGGCAUCCCUGUAUCCCAGGACAACUUAUGGAAAUGCUAAAAGACAAUAUUACUGCUCCACAUGUUAUUGAUUUAAUUGAAAUCAUGAGCACAGCGCACAUGCAUGAAAUAGUUUCUGCAGGAAAAGAUAUGGAUUUCUGGCUAAGGACAUGGGUUGUACCUGUCAUUAGUGUUCUUAGUCAUCAAGGUAGUAUCCAGGAAGGUGUUCAUAUUGAGCAAACUGUCUCUAAACUGCUACGAUGUUAUCCUGAGAGUCUACAGUUCAUUGUGAACAAUCUACAAAAUCAUUACAAUAAAAACAUUGGUAGUUUGAUCACGUGUCUCAAAACAGCAAGAACCAUGGGAUUGAUUAAAGUAAAUGAAAAUCAGUCAAAAGCAGAGACUUGGGGUGGAGUAGUUCCAGUCACAUGGCUCGAGAAGGCUUUAUGUCACAUCGAGGAACAAAUCCGGUUAGAUGCCUUAGGAUUGUUGUGUGACUGCCCUCGAACAACAGAGCCAAUUAGCAUCACAGACUUGGUGUUACUUAAGAUGUUUUUCCCUCUAAACCUGAACAAUCAAUCACCAUCAUUUAGACAGCAAUGCACAACAUAUCUUAAAAAGCUGUUGAUGAGAAUGAAAGAAUGCCUUCGAAUAUCAGCCAAGCAACUUGACAGAUUUAAAGAUGACGAGCUCCACAUUAAUAGACUUAAAGCAUACAAGGAAUUUCUACAGUGGUUUAAGGAUCUCAUGUUUUCAUCACUUUUCCCUGGAGGUUCUUUUGCUCGACGUACAACAGCUCUCCACUUCUUAAAGCUGCUAAAUAUAAUUUUUGUUAAUGACAAAAAAGUUGUAAAAUGCGGGACAUUUGUAUUUAAUGACAUUGUGACCAAAGCAAAUAUCACAGUUCUGGUUGACUGUUUGCACGACACUUAUGAUGUCAACAAGGUUCUAGCUUAUGAACUUUUGAUGUCCUGCCCUAACAGUUGUCUGCCAUUCCAGACCAUCGACGCCCUUGAAGUCUGGUUACAACGACUAGACAGUUUGCUGUCAAGCCCCAGAGCAGUUGAUGCCACAACAGCUAGUGUCACAUUAAAGCUCUUGAUAGAAAAAUGCUCUCUUGGUCUUUAUCUUCAGUCAAGCAAUUCAGAUUGUAAAGGAUCUAUUGAAAUCAGAGGUUUUAGUCGAAUUGAAUCCCAAACCUAUCGAGUUCUUUGCCAUCUUUUGGAUUCCCUCAAGACUCAGAGAGCAGUGGCAGAACAAAGUCUUAACCAGGCUGCAUCCCAGGCUCCAAUGCACAACACCAUUCAUUGUUUACGUGAGAUAUUGGGACACCUUUCUUUAAGCAAAUUUUCAACUGAAACACUGUGGAAACAGCUAGUGUCCAGUUUGCUAAAUGAGGGAUUUCGUGUUGCUAGCGUCGUGUCGCCUGUAGUUACCUGUAGCUCUCCUGAAGGUCAUAUGAUUGAUGACGAUUACGAUGAACUCUUGGAUGGAGCUGUGGAAGGAAUUUUUAACUCCUCUUCACAAAUUCUGCUUGUUUGCUGCUGGAGAACAAUGAAAGAAGUGGCACUAUUGUUAGGAGACCUGGUGCAAUGUGCACCAAUAAAAACAUGUGACACCGAAGCAAGCUUACUGACAUCUGAACAGGUGCGUGAUAUUGGUAGGUUCUUCACUACUGUACUUCUAACAUCAAAGCAUCACGGAGCUUUUGAACUGGCAUAUAAUGGUUUUAUCAAACUGUGCAGUGUAUUGUGGACCUGUCGUGAUAGCUCUUUACAAAGUUUACCUCUUCAUUGGCUUGAAACACUGCUAUCUGAUAUCAGAGGAUGUGUCCCAUCUAAUGUGCUUUGUGGAACGCGACGCAGUGCCGGUACGUAUCGCAAUGUAUACCCUGGGUACUAUAGGCUGGAUUUACUCUUCUUAAGGCCCGCUUACACUUGCGAUUUUUGCAGCCGCGAUAAUCGUCACAUUGCUAUCGGCCAAAUGAAAUUGUAUGUGUAAACAGCCCUGUGGUUGCUGCGUCAAUUUUUAAGCAUGUUCGAAAC